AUGGCUCGUGGAACUAAACGCAGUGCAGAUGCUGCGGCGACGGAGACUAGCGCAGGGACUGUGCCAGAACCCUCCGACGAUGCUGAGAUCGCGGUGCCUCUAGAGAGCUGCGAGGACGAGAACCACAGAAGCGGUCCGGAGCAGGGUCUCCGUCGUCGUCGCGAUGGCAUCGUGCGCUGUGCCCGGUGUCACGAAGCAAACAAGCGCAAGCUCAUGGCUGUUGGAACUCGUGGACUGGACCUGGCGGCCCACUUUAGAAUGCGCCGAAGCAUGCCGGGUGUUGAGGUGGUGCCCAGCUCCCCAGAGCCAGAGGCAGACGACGAAAUGGAGAAUGCCAAAGCAGAAAUCUUCGAAGUCAUCAGCGUCCCACAGACGCCGGUUCAAGUUCGUCGCAAGUCCGCCAAAGGCAGCAGCUCUUCCCCUGAUUCGAUGGACGACGAAACCACGGCUCCUCCUUCAGAGAGCUCUGAUGGGGCGCCGCCGAAGGUUCUGCACAUUGGCUGCGACGUGUGCCCGCGAUGGUACGUGGUGGACCAGCUCUUGUUCGACCACUGGCGCGAGGAGAAGUUCACCUGCUGCAUGAUCGGUGAGCGAUGUGGCCGGAAAGACAGCAAGACCGCGCUUGUCUCGUGUCCUGGUGUGCCAGAGAUGUGCAGUCGAAUGGGUCGGCCGCACAUCUCACGCGCGAGCAGGCCCCACAUCUUGCCGCUUGGCUUCUGGGACCUCUGGCGCCCAAACACGGCGCUCAGCGCCGCAGCACCGAAGAUCUUCGCGGCCCCCGUCGCGACGGCGGGCCGGCAGAGGGCCUUGGAGGCGCAGCAACUGCUGACGUCUGCUUUUGAAGAAGAGGCGGCAUCGAGCUCCAUCACUUUGCUGCUCGGUCUGCGCCGCAAACGUGCCAAAGGUGCGUCCACAGGGCAGCCUGCCAAGGCAUGGCUCCUUUGGCAAGACGGCGGCGCUGGGCACAUGGUGUCGGCUGCCAUCCUCUCCUGGCAGCGCUACACCACGACAGGGCCAAAGCAGCUGCAGGGCGGAGUGGUUCUGGAGUACAUCGCUCGCCUGCCCGAAUGUGGAGCAAAGGCGUACCACCUCAUUCUUGCGGCCGAGGAGGUCGCGCUUCUCCUUGGGCAGAACGAGCUCUUCAGCGCAUGUGACCUGACCCAAGAUGGCUGUGCCUUCGAUGGGCGCGCGUUGCCGGCACUGGCGGCGCACCAGAAGUGGGGAUUCCAGGACACGGACCAAAAAGAAUGGCGAGACCGCCGCCUGGAGGCCUACAACUCAGACUGCAACCUGCGCUACAUGGUGAAGAGAGUCGGCCAGUGCUCACUGGCAGACCUUGCCGGCGCCUGCGGACUGGCCCUGCGCUCCCGCCACUCCAAUGGAGCUUGGGCCCGGCUGGCUGCUAGCAGGACUGAGGAGGCGAAGCCCGGGAAGCAGGUCUGGGCUCACCUGCUGGCCCGGCCGAUCAAUCUCUCAAAGCUCGGCGAUCGCUUAUCUUCCUUAUCUUCCGCCGAGUACUCCUGUAGACUGUGGCGCAUGCGACGAGGUCCGAAAGCAACUCCGCUGCCCCAGGUGUUGAUCUGCGACAGCAAGAGUGCUGAUGCUGGUAGUGCUGUCGUGCUGGCAGAUGGAUGUCUCAUUCUUUGGGAUGCAAGCGCCGACAUGGAGCAGCAGAUGCUUCAGCUCGCUGCCUCCUGUCCGGCGGACCGACGUGGGCCAACGACAAUAGGUGCCGUGGACGUGGUGCUGGAAGGUCGCUAUCUGACAGCAGAGAGCAGCGAGCCCGUCGCCUCCGAGAGCAUCGACUUCGUCUACCAAGACGAGGUCUCAGGCUCCGAGACCCGGCUGGACCAGAUCACCGGGCAGCUCCGAAUCAGGGCUUUCCAGGAAGCUGAGUGGAGCCAGGAAGCUGACCGAGAAGCGCGGCUUGAGCAGAUCGCCAUCUCAUUGGGGAUGGAUGUUGCCGUUCGGCUGGAGGCCUUGGAAACGAAGAUCGAGCGGAAGAUUCAAGAAGACUGGAAGGCUCUCGAAAAGGAAAUGGAAGAUCUGGAAAAGCGAUUUGCCAUGUUUGUGAGUCUGAAGGACAUCUCGAACCGGGUUUUCAAGUACGAGAAAAUGAUCCACCAAAUGCGCUACGAGCUGAAUGCCGAAGGAAGAUUUCUCGACUCUCCAGACCUGCUGUGGGAGAAUCACAACGAAGAGCGCAUCCAUGACCAGGUAGUGAAGCACUUCGACGUGAAACGACGCACGGAACUUCUAAACGAGCGUUUGAGUUACUCGCUGGAUUUCCUGCACACCCUCGGGGAACACGUGAGGCAUUUGUACUCCGUGCGCCUUGAGAGGAUGAUCAUCAUCCUCAUCACCUUGGAGUUGGGAGUGGGCGUCAUGGGCCUUCUACCAGGAAUGUCGCCGCAUGCCAUCGUCAGCUCACUGAGCCCCGCAGCUCCAGCAUCCGAGGAGUGA